AUGCCGUUUGUUUACGAUGAUUUAUAUGAGAUAUGCCGUGAACGGAGAUUUUUAAUCGAUUGGUUGCAAAAUUUUGGACUUCUGGGAAACUUUAGUGGGAAAUGUAACACUUGCAAUGAAGGAAAUGUUAAAUUAGUGGAGGACAAAUCUUACAGUAAGGACGGUAUUGUUUGGAGGUGUAGUAAUAGACAGUGUAACAAAAAAACGUCAGUAAGAGAGGGAUCUUGGUUUUUCGGAAGUCAUUUACUUCUAGAGCAGGCAGUUAAAUUAACCUACUAUUGGGUAUAUGAACUACCUGGUGAUUUUAUUGGACGGGAACUUAAAAUUGGAAGUGAUCACACCAUUGUGGAUUGGAAAAAUUUUGCGCGAGAGGUGUGUCUCUGCAUUUUGAAACAGGACAGUGAGAGGAUUGGUGGACCAGGAAAGCACGUGGAGAUCGAUGAGAGUAAGUUUGGCAAGAGAAAGUACCAUCGCGGUAAGAGAGUUGACGGUGUUUGGGUUUUUGGUGGGUUUGAAAGAGAGUCAAAGAAGUGUUUCUUUGAGGUAGUGGAGGACAGGAGCGCAAACACCCUGAUUCCUAUUAUUAAGAAAUUUGUAGAACCUGGGACCAUUAUUUUAUCAGACUGUUGGAAGGCUUAUUCUAGUUUGAAGUCGUAG